UAUGUACUCACUAAUGCCUCCAACAAUAACUGUUGACUUUUUAUUUGUAGUCAGAGAAGCCUGGCAACCAAAAACUAGGGUUUUUUUUUCCCCUGGGUUUACGAGAACUGAACUGAAUUGGAAAAUAUUUGCUUUAAUGAAACAAUUUACUCUUGUGCAACAUUGAAUAAUGUUAAUCGGUCAAAUAAAGGAAGAAAGCCGUAUUUAAAUUCCCACUUCUGAUUUCACUUCAUUGCGUCUUAGGCUCCAAGAGGAGGGAGAAAUGAAGAUUUCGAUACUCGGUAUUUUUUUGUUUUUUUAUAGUACUCCAGCCUGGGCCAAAGAAAAGCAUUAUUACAUUGGAAUUAUUGAAACACCCUGGAACUAUGCCUCCGACAGUGGGGAAAAGAAACUUAUUUCAGUUGACACGGAACAUUCUAAUAUCUAUCUUCAAAAUGGCCCAGAUAGAAUUGGGAGGAUAUACAAGAAGGCCCUUUAUCUUCAGUACACAGAUGGAACCUUUAGUAAAACUGUAGAGAAACCAGUCUGGCUGGGCUUUUUAGGCCCUAUAAUCAAAGCUGAAACCGGAGAGAAAGUUUACGUACACUUAAAAAACUUUGCCUCUCGGCCCUACACUUUCCAUGCACAUGGGAUGACUUACUAUAAGGAACAUGAGGGGGCCAUUUAUCCUGAUAACACCACAGGUUUUCAGAAGGCUGAUGACAAAGUUUAUCCAGGAGAGCAGUAUACAUACACGUUGCACGCCACCGAAGAGCAAAGUCCUGGUGAGGCAGAUAGCAAUUGCGUGACCAGGAUUUACCAUUCCCACAUCGAUGCUCCGAAGGAUAUCGCCUCGGGUCUCAUCGGGCCCUUAAUAAUCUGUAAAAAAGAUUCUCUGGAUGAAGGAAAAGAAAAAAACAUUGACCGAGAAUUUGUGGUGAUGUUCUCUGUGGUGGAUGAAAAUCUCAGCUGGUACAUAGACGACAACAUUAAAACCUACUGCUCUGAGCCCGAGAAAGUUGACAAGGACAGUGAAGACUUCCAGGAGAGUAACAGGAUGCACUCUGUGAACGGAUACACUUUUGGAAGUCUCCCCGGACUCUCCAUGUGUACCGAAGACAGAGUGAAAUGGUAUCUUUUUGGUAUGGGUAAUGAAGUUGACGUGCAUGCAGCUUUCUUCCAUGGCCAAGCCUUGACUAACAAGAACUACCGUAUUGAUACGGUCAAUCUCUUUCCUGCUACCCUUUUUGAUGCUUUGAUGGUGGCCCAGAGCCCUGGAGAAUGGAUGCUCAGCUGUCAGAAUCUAAACCAUCUGAAAGCUGGUUUGCAGGCCUUUUUCCAGGUCCAGGACUGUAACAAGUCUUCACCAAAGGAUGAUAUCAGCGGGAAACAGGUUAGACACUACUACAUCGCUGCGGAGGAAAUGAUCUGGAACUAUGCUCCCUCUGGUAUCGAUGCCUUCACCAAAGAAAACUUAACAGCACCUGAAAGUGACUCCAAAGUAUUUUUUGAACAAGGUGCUACAAGAAUUGGAGGUUCUUACAAAAAGCUGGUUUAUCGUGAGUACACAGAUGACUCCUUCACCAGUCGGAAAGAGAGAGGCCCUGAAGAGGAACAUCUCGGCAUCUUGGGUCCUGUCAUUUGGGCAGAAGUGGGAGACACCAUCAGAGUCACUUUUCGUAACAAAGGAGCAUAUCCCCUCAGUAUGGAGCCCACUGGGGUGAGAUUCAGUAAGAACAACGAGGGCACAUACUACUACAGCUCCCAGGGUGGAAGUACUCCUCCUCCCUCAGCCUCCUAUGUGGCACCCAAGGAAACAUUCACCUAUGAAUGGAGUGUCCCGGAAGAAGUAGGACCCACUUACGCUGAUCCUGUGUGUCUAGCUAGAAUGUAUUAUUCUGCUGUGGAUCCUACCAAAGAUAUAUUCACUGGGCUUAUCGGGCCAAUGAAGAUCUGCAAGAAAGGAAGUUUACAUGCAAAUGGAAGACAGAAAGGUGUAGACAAGGAGUUCUAUUUGUUUCCCACAGUAUUUGAUGAGAACGAGAGUUUACUUCUGGAUGAUAAUGUCAGAAUGUUCACAACCGCCCCUGAUCAGGUGGACAAGGAAGACGGAGACUUUCAGGAGUCCAACAAGAUGCACUCCAUGAAUGGAUUCAUGUAUGGGAAUCAGCCCGGUCUUAACAUGUGCCAAGGAGACUCAGUCGUGUGGUAUUUAUUCAGCGCUGGAAAUGAGGCUGAUGUACACGGAAUAUACUUUUCAGGAAACACAUACCUGUCCAGGGGGGAAAGGAGAGACACAGCAAACCUCUUCCCUCAAACAAGCCUCACACUCCUCAUGCAGCCUGACUCGAAAGGGACUUUUGAUGUCGAGUGCCUUACAACUGACCACUAUGCAGGUGGCAUGAAGCAAAAAUACACGGUGCAGCAGUGCGGGCGGCUGUCUGAGGAUUCCUCCCAGUACCGAGGAGAGAGGACCUACUACGUGGCAGCAGUGGAAGUGGAGUGGGAUUAUUCCCCUCGCAGGGAGUGGGAAAAGGAGCUGCAUCAUUUACAAGAGCAAAAUGUUUCGAAUGCAUUUUUAGAUAAAGAAGAGUUUUUUAUAGGCUCAAAGUAUAAGAAAGUUGUGUACCGGCAAUAUACCGAUAGCACGUUCAGAGUUCCUGUGGAGAGAAAAGCUGAGGAGGAACAUUUGGGAAUUCUAGGUCCACAACUUCAUGCAGAUGUUGGAGACAAAGUCAAAAUUAUCUUUAAAAACAUGGCCACGAGGCCCUACUCAAUCCAUGCCCAUGGGGUGAAAACAGAGAGCUCGACAGUGACUCCAACAUUACCAGGUGAAACGCGCACUUACAUAUGGGAAAUCCCAGAAAGAUCGGGAGCUGGAACAGAGGAUUCUGCUUGCAUUCCGUGGGCUUACUAUUCAACAGUGGAUCAAGUUAAGGACCUCUACAGUGGCUUAAUUGGCCCGCUGAUUGUCUGUCGGAAACCUUACUUCACAGUGUUCAAUCCGUACAAGAAAAUGGAAUUUUCCCUUUUGUUUCUUGUUUUCGAUGAGAAUGAGUCUUGGUACUUAGAUGACAACAUCAAGACAUACUCCGAUCACCCUGAGAAAGUAAACAAAGACAGUGAUGAAUUCAUAGAAAGCAAUAAAAUGCACGCUAUUAAUGGAAGAAUGUUUGGAAAUCUGCAAGGCCUCACGAUGCACGUGGGUGAUGAAGUCAACUGGUAUCUGAUGGGAAUGGGCAACGAAAUAGACUUGCACACUGUCCAUUUUCAUGGCCACAGCUUCCGGUACAAGCACAGAGGCGUUUAUAGUUCUGAUGUCUUUGACAUUUUCCCCGGGACAUACCAAACCCUAGAAAUGUUUCCAAGAGAACCUGGAAUCUGGUUACUCCACUGCCAUGUAACUGACCACGUUCAUGCUGGAAUGGAAACCACUUACACCGUUCUACCAAACGCAGAGACCAAGUCUGGCUGAAAAGAAAUAAAUUGGUGAUAAAUGGAAAAAAAAAAAAGAGAAAAACCAAUGACUCAUAAUAAUGUAUGUGAAAGUGUUGAAUAGAAUGUUUACUUUGGAAUGACUAUAAACAUUAAAAAAAAAAAAAGGAAUGAAAA